AGCCGCUGCUUCUCUGGGGGCUGCCGAGCGGGGGACCCUCUGUCUCCUCCCCUUGCCGGGCUGUGGGUGAACCUGCAGGCUCCUUACCCACCCGGAGGACUUUUGAAAGGAAACCAGGGAGGGAGGGAAAGGGAGAAGGGGAGAAAACGAAGGGGAACUCGUCCAUCCAUUGAAGCACAGUUCACUAUGAUCUUACUCACAUUCAGCACUGGAAGACGGUUGGAUUUCGUGCAUCAUUCGGGGGUAUUUCACUUGCAAACCUUGCUUUGGAUUUUAUGUGCUACCGUCUGCGGAACGGAGCAGUAUUUCAAUGUGGAGGUUUGGUUACAGAAGUACGGCUACCUUCCACCGACUGACCCCAGAAUGUCGGUGCUGCGCUCUGCAGAGACCAUGAAGUCUGCCUUAGCUGCCAUGCAGCAGUUCUAUGGCAUUAACAUGACAGGAAAAGUGGACCGAAACACAAUUGACUGGAUGAAGAAGCCUCGAUGUGGUGUACCUGACCAGACAAGAGGUAGCUCCAAAUUUAAUAUUCGUCGAAAGCGGUAUGCGUUAACAGGACAGAAGUGGCAGCACAAACACAUCACUUACAGUAUAAAGAACGUAACUCCAAAAGUAGGAGACCCUGAAACCCGUAAAGCUAUUCGUCGUGCGUUUGACGUGUGGCAGAAUGUAACUCCUCUGACGUUUGAAGAAGUUUCCUACAGUGAACUAGAAAAUGGCAAACGUGAUGUGGAUAUAACCAUCAUUUUUGCAUCUGGCUUUCAUGGAGACAGUUCUCCCUUUGAUGGAGAGGGAGGGUUUUUGGCACAUGCCUAUUUCCCUGGACCAGGAAUUGGGGGAGAUACUCAUUUUGACUCAGAUGAGCCAUGGACACUAGGAAAUCCUAAUCAUGAUGGAAAUGACUUAUUUCUUGUAGCGGUUCAUGAACUGGGACAUGCUCUGGGACUGGAGCAUUCCAAUGACCCUACUGCCAUCAUGGCUCCAUUUUACCAGUACAUGGAAACUGACAACUUCAAACUACCUAAUGAUGAUUUGCAGGGCAUCCAGAAAAUAUAUGGUCCACCUGACAAGAUUCCUCCACCAACAAGACCUCUACCGACAGUGCCCCCACACCGCUCUAAUCCUCCAGCUGACCCAAGGAAGAAUGACCGGCCCAAACCUCCCCGGCCUCCCACUGGCAGACCUUCCUAUCCUGGAGCCAAACCCAACAUCUGUGAUGGGAACUUUAACACUCUAGCUAUUCUUCGCCGUGAGAUGUUUGUUUUCAAGGACCAGUGGUUUUGGCGAGUGAGAAACAACAGGGUGAUGGAUGGAUACCCCAUGCAAAUUACUUACUUCUGGCGGGGCUUGCCUCCUAGUAUCGAUGCAGUUUAUGAAAACAGUGAUGGAAAUUUUGUCUUCUUUAAAGGUAACAAAUAUUGGGUGUUCAAGGACACGACUCUUCAACCUGGUUACCCUCAUGACUUGAUUACUCUUGGAAGCGGAAUUCCCCCUCAUGGUAUUGAUUCAGCCAUUUGGUGGGAGGACGUUGGGAAAACCUAUUUCUUCAAGGGGGACAGGUAUUGGAGAUAUAGUGAAGAAAUGAAAACCAUGGAUCCUGGCUAUCCCAAACCAAUCACAGUCUGGAAAGGUAUCCCCGAAUCUCCUCAGGGAGCCUUUGUGCACAAAGAAAAUGGCUUUACGUAUUUCUACAAAGGAAAGGAGUAUUGGAAAUUCAACAACCAGAUACUCAAGGUAGAACCUGGAUAUCCCAGAUCCAUCCUCAAGGAUUUUAUGGGCUGUGAUGGACCAACAGACAGAGAUAAAGAAGGACACAGCCCACCAGAUGAUGUAGACAUUGUCAUCAAACUGGACAACACAGCCAGCACUGUGAAAGCCAUAGCUAUUGUCAUUCCCUGCAUCUUGGCCUUAUGCCUCCUUGUAUUGGUUUACACUGUGUUCCAGUUCAAGAGGAAAGGAACACCCCGCCACAUACUGUACUGUAAACGCUCUAUGCAAGAGUGGGUGUGAUGUAGGGUUUUUUCCUUUCUUUCUUUUCUAGGAGUUUGUGAUAACUUGAGAUUCAAGACAAGAGCUGUUAUGCUGUUUCCUAGCUAGGAGCAGGCUUGUGGCAGCCUGAUUUGGGGCUGAC